CGGAAUGCGAAGACCGGUUGUUUUGCUGAGAGACUUCCGGUUGAGAGGUGACGGCGGCCGUUUCCGGAACUAAGCAAGGCUCGCGGUCCUUCCUUUCACCCCUGAGGGAAGAACAUGGACAUCCUCAAAGCAGAAGUCGCGCGGAAACGAAAGCUGCUGGAGGAAAAGGCGCUGCUGGCGGACAAUAAGAAAUAUUUUAAGCGCAGCGAACUAGCUAAGAAGGAAGAAGAAGCAUAUUAUGAAAGGUGUGGUUACAAGCUUGUAAACGAGAAGCCACCAGGAGAGAUUCGACAGGAAGAGGAAGAUGAGGAAAAGAAGGCAACUGCUUCAUCAAAUCCUGUAUUAGAACUUGAGCUGGCAGAGGAGAAGUUGCCUAUGACUCUUUCCAGACAAGAGGUCAUUAGGAGAUUGAGAGAAAGAGGAGAGCCAGUCAGAUUGUUUGGAGAAACAGAUUAUGAUGCCUUCCAGCGAUUACGAAAGAUAGAAAUUUUGACACCAGAAGUGAACAAGGGAUUGAGGAACGACCUGAAGGCUGCUUUGGACAAAAUCGACCAGCAGUAUUUGAAUGAAAUUGUAGGUGGCCAAGAACAGGGAGAAGAUGAUACACAGAAUGAUCUCAAGGUCCAUGAAGAAAACACAACAAUUGAAGAAUUGGAGGCUUUGGGUGAAUCAUUAGGACAAGGUGAUGAUCAUUAUGACAUGGAUAUCAUAACUAAAUUCUUAAAGUUUCUUCUUGGAGUCUGGGCUAAGGAGCUGAAUGCCAGGGAGGAUUACUUGAAACGUGGUGUCCAGGGAAAGUUAAACAGCGCCACUCAGAAGCAGACGGAGUCGUAUCUGAGGCCACUUUUCAGAAAACUUCGGAAAAGGACUCUUCCUGCAGACAUAAAGGAAUCAAUAACAGAUAUUAUCAAGUUUAUGCUACAAAGGGAGUAUGUGAAGGCCAACGAUGCCUACCUUCAAAUGGCUAUUGGAAAUGCUCCCUGGCCUAUUGGUGUCACUAUGGUUGGCAUUCAUGCCCGAACUGGGCGAGAGAAGAUUUUCUCAAAGCACGUGGCUCAUGUUCUGAAUGAUGAAACUCAGCGGAAAUACAUCCAGGGUUUGAAGAGGCUCAUGACCAUUUGCCAGAAACACUUUCCUACAGACCCAUCCAAAUGCGUGGAGUACAAUGCUUUGUGACACAAUGGCAGCCAGUGUCUGCUUUUGGAUACUUGGACGAUGAGAAAAGAGUGCCAUCUCUAUAAGAACUUUUGAUCUGUGCAUCAGAGUGGGCUGAAGCGGUCAAAGAAAAGCUAGGUGCUUUUACAUAGGCUCCAUUGAAAAGGUCACAGUUAUUCGUACUUGGAUAAAGUUGUAUAUUUUAAUUUUUUCAUACUACAUUUCAAGAGGAAAUAUAUAUUUAUAGAAAUGUCUAUAGUUGCUGCAUUUGGAUUGCAUCUUAAGACAUGGUGUGAAUGGGGAGCCUGUGGAUGUUGGGAAAGAAAUGUUGACGUGUCUGCAUUAUGACCGAACCUGGGACUUUGGUUUAUUGCAUCCAACAAGUAUGGAUUAGAACCAGCCGUAAAGUCCGGUUUAUUGUAUUCCUUCCUAGUUUAUUCACCUCCUUGUAUGAAGAAAGUACAAACAUCUUUCUAUCUUCUGUCUUUCUUGUGAGCAUAUCUGGCCCUUUCUGUGAUAAGUCACAAGUACACAGAUGCAAUAACUUCAGAAAUGCCAGCGCUUGUUCCACAUAGUAGUAUGAAAGCAUUACGCCUAAUGGAACUGGUCCAGCAAGAUAUAUUGUUUUAUUCUCCCAGUUCUCAUGCACCAAUACAAGCUAUCUGGUUUGAUUUUGAGGCUUCUUGUCAUAGAAUGUCUUAAAUCCUAGUGUAGAUUUCUAGGCAUUCAGACCUGAACAGUGAUUUGGAAAAUAACUUUAUGGAUAAUUUGAAUAGUUAUAAUGAUCUACUUUCCAGUACCAAUUACUUAACAAAAUAGCCUGUCUUCUUUUAUUGAGACCAGAGGCAAGUAGUAAAGGAUGUCAAUUUCCUUGUUUCCAACCAAUGAAAGGAGAAUUUUAUUUAUUUAUAUUUAUAUUAUUUGAUUUGUUUCAUGUAUCCUGCGCCUCUAGUUAAUUGUGUAAUAGUUAAUGGUGAAAAGGUGUCAGACACAAAAAGGUGUCGAAUCACAAAUGUUUGAGAAAAUUCAGUAUGUUCAACAAUAUAAACAAAUUCUGAUGUUUUAUUCUAAAA